AUGCUGAAGUGGAUGUCACAGCUGCUCCUCAAUAGGGGGGCGCACCACCUCACACCACUGACACAAUUCCAAUGGGCAUGGAAAGGGAAGCAAGCGGAGGAGCUGCUGAUGCUCAUGCGCAAACUCACACGCACCGCCGAGGACUGGGGCAUCCAGUUCUGGAUAGUUAAGCUGGACAUACGCAGCAUUCGACAGUGUGCUGCAGCAGUCUCUGGGGGCCAUGGUGGCGUCUUGGGUGGGGGAACAAGGGAAAAUGCCUUGGGAAGCGCACGCGUGGCUCAGCCUGCUCCAGGCACAGCACAUUCAGGUGGCGGCGGGGGGGGAGCUGGUGGAUGUCAGGCAAACCACGGGAGUAAGACAAGGGCACCAGAUUCGCCGCUGUUGUUUUCGGCACUCAUAGGGCGCAUACUCCAGCUAUGCCUCCCACCACUUCCCCCCAAAGGGGAAGCACACCAGCGAGCACCAGAGUGCCCGACAACCGGGGGGGCCUUCAUGGAUGAUACCUACCUUUGGGACACGGACCCCGACAGGUUGCAAGCCGUCCGCCGUGAGAGAGGCGUCCGACCCAACCGGCGGGGGCACUCACACGCCCGCAACAGUGCAGGCAGCGCAGCCGCAGCAGCACCCACAACACCCAGCAGACCCGAUCCACCAGGCGACGCAACCACCACCACAGAAGCAAAAGCCGCCGCCGAAGCAACCACCACCAAAGCAGCCGCCACCACGCUCACAACAGCAGCUGCCAGCGAGCAGCGGAGAUGCGCGGCAACAAGCGAGCAUCCAACCACAGCCGCCCCUGCCACCACAACCACAACAAGGAUCCCCAGCAGCAACCGCGGGGGACAAGCAGCUGCAGCAGGGGCCAGGCGGAGCAUACCAGAACACGGGGGCCAAGCAGGACGGCAGCGGUGGCAGUAG